GGGUCAAAAAGGACCCCACCUUCUGUUGCACAUCAGGAUGGAGGUGAGAAGUAUGCGACUGGCGUAACAACUAUCAACAUACUUGUCAGGUACAAUAUCACCAUUGGCACCUGGAACGUGAGAAUUACCUUGCGAAUGGCAGGUAAAUUGGAAGAAUUGUCAUAUGAGAUGAGCAGGUACCACUGGAACAUCUUAGGUCUCUGCAAGGUACAGCCGCACAACAGAAAAACUUUGGCAAGACAUCCACUGAGGAGGGUCAUAAAUUAUACUUCAUUGGCAAGGUGGACAAACACAACCAAGGCAUUGGAUUUCUUGUUCACAAGGACAUUGUGAACACUGUCAUGGGCUGCCGGCAGGGGGCGGGGGGGGUACUCCCUUAAUGGGGACGUGUGGCCAGCCAGGGUAUGUUUUUCUGGAUUUUUGUCUUAAACAGGGUAUCGAAUUUAUCAAUUUUUGUCUUAAACAGGAUAUCUUGUCUUGGACGAUAAGCAGCAAAAUUUUUACAAGCUAUAAUGUUAAUUAAUAUUGACUUCCAUUGACUUAAACAGGGUAUCAAAAAUCGAAAUUCUGUCUUAAACAGGGUAGGAAAAUCAGUGAUAUUUGUCUUAAACAGGGUCAGGGUAUGAGGGGCCACGCAGCACCUCCCUACCCAGGGAUAUAUCGAGUACCCCCCCCCCCCUGGUGGCUGCUGUGCAGUCUCAAGCAGGCUUAUCACCAUCCGCCUGAGGGCAAGUCCAUUUAACAUCACAAUUAUACCGGUCUACCCCCCACACUUGGACAGGGUUGUCAUUAAGAGCCGGGGGCCGGGGAUUUUCCCCGGGUACUAAGAGAGUGGCCCCCGGCUACUUUUAUUGGAAAAUAGAAGAAAAAUAGAACCAAAAGAAAUCCCUAGCUGUUUGAUUUCCCCGCCUACUUGUUGUGUUUACCCGGCAACUUGAAAUCUUAGUGACAACCUUGCUUGGAAUAUGAUGAUGAUGCAGUUGAGGACUUCUAUGACCAUCUGCUUGAAGUCUUGGACCAGUCCCCCAAGACAGAUAAUUAUUCUUGUUGUGUUAGGCAAUUGGAAUGCCAAAGUAGGAGAGGAUGCAUUCAAGAACUGGACAGGCACUUGUGGAUGCUACUGCAACCCAGAGACAAAUGAGAGAGGUCUAAGGCUUCUGGAGUUUGCUUGCUACAACGAUCUUGUGCUGGUGAAUACACUUGGCAAACACUUGGUAUCCAGAAGAUGGACAUGGCAGAGCCCAAAUGGAGGAUACCAUAACCAGCUUGAUUAUAUCAUGGUU